AACGAAGACAACUCUUUCAUUUCCCUCCCAUCUCCUCCUCCUCCGCCUUGCGCAGCUCCACCCUCAGCAACGUUUCCAUUCUCCCCGGGUGCGCCCGUCCCCCUGUCUCCUUCAUCGCCUGCCCGACAAAGAACUUCAUCAUCUGCUUCUCUUUUCCUUCCUUGUACUGCCGUCGCUGCCGUGCACUCCCGGGGUCCCUCACCACGUUCCUCGCCACCCCGAUCAGCACAGUCUCGUCGCUCACCUGUCCCCACCCUCGCGCCGCCACAAUCUCCCGC